CUGAGGCCGCCGUCUCGUCGGCGGCGCGGCAGCAGCGGGCGGCCGCCGUAGCCCCUGCGAGGGGAGCCCGUGCCCGGGCGGGGAGGAAGAGAAAGGCGGCCCGAGCCGGGUUACAAGAUGGCGGCGGCGCUGCUGUGGUAGCUGCUGAGGCGGAGCGGCGCCAGCGAGGCCCGGGCCGGGCGCGGCGGCGCUGACUCGCCAUGGGAAGCGGCGCGUUAAAGGCCCCGCGGUGCCCCUGAGCGGCCCGGUGGCCCCGCUUUCUCCCCGCCGCCCUCGCUCCAUCGCCCCCGCGGAGGCGGAGCGGGCCCGGCGCUGCACCAUGUCGGACACCCGCCGGCGGGUGAAGGUCUACACGCUCAACGAGGAUCGGCAAUGGGACGACAGGGGCACCGGGCACGUCUCCUCCAGCUACGUGGAGCGGCUGAAGGGGAUGUCGCUGCUGGUGCGCGCCGAGUCGGACGGUUCACUACUAUUAGAAUCGAAGAUAAAUCCAAAUACUGCAUAUCAAAAACAGCAGGACACCCUGAUUGUUUGGUCAGAAGCAGAGAACUAUGAUUUAGCACUGAGUUUUCAAGAAAAAGCUGGCUGUGAUGAAAUUUGGGAAAAAAUCUGCCAGGUUCAGGGUAAGGAUCCUUCAGUGGAAGUCACGCAGGACCUUAUUGAAUCAGAAGAGGAACACAUAGAGGAAAUGCCUGAAACCAGUCCUUUGAUUGACCUUCCUACUUGUGAACUCAACAAACUUGAAGAGAUUGCUGACCUAGUUACCUCUGUUCUCUCCUCACCCAUCCGUAGGGAAAAGCUGGCACUGGCCUUGGAGAAUGAAGGCUACAUUAAAAAACUGUUACAGCUUUUCCAAGUCUGCGAGAAUUUAGAGAACACUGAAGGCUUGCAUCAUUUGUAUGAAAUCAUUAGAGGGAUUUUGUUCCUCAACAAAGCAACUCUAUUUGAGGUGAUGUUCUCUGACGAGUGUAUUAUGGAUGUGGUUGGAUGCCUCGAGUAUGAUCCUUCUUUGGCUCAGCCAAAACGGCACAGGGAGUUCUUGACCAAAACAGCAAAAUUUAAGGAGGUUAUUCCUAUUACAGACUCUGAACUCAGGCAAAAAAUCCACCAGACUUACAGGGUACAGUAUAUUCAGGAUAUCAUCUUGCCRACACCAUCUGUUUUUGAAGAGAAUUUUCUUUCUACCCUCACUUCCUUUAUUUUCUUCAACAAAGUUGAGAUUGUCAGUAUGUUACAGGAAGAUGAGAAGUUUUUAUCGGAAGUUUUUGCACAAUUAACAGAUGAAGCUACAGAUGACGACAAACGGUGUGAACUGGUGAACUUUUUCAAGGAAUUCUGCGCCUUUUCUCAGACGUUACAACCUCAGAACAGAGAUGCAUUUUUCAAAACUUUGGCAAAACUGGGAAUUCUUCCAGCUCUUGAAAUCGUAAUGGGAAUGGAUGAUCUGCAGGUUAGAUCUGCUGCUACAGAUAUAUUUUCUUAUCUAGUAGAAUUUAGCCCAUCCAUGGUCCGAGAAUUUGUGAUGCAAGAGGCCCAGCAGAGUGAUGAUGACAUCCUCCUCAUCAAUGUGGUCAUUGAGCAGAUGAUCUGUGACACAGAUCCGGAGCUYGGGGGAGCUGUUCAGUUAAUGGGGCUGCUGAGAACUCUGAUUGACCCAGAGAAUAUGCUGGCUACAGCCAAUAAAACAGAAAAGAGUGAAUUUCUCAAUUUCUUCUACAACCAUUGUAUGCAUGUUCUCACUGCGCCGCUUCUCGCCAAUACAUCAGAAGAUAAAUGUGAAAAAGAUGCAGUAGUUGGAUCCACUAAGAGUAAUACAAUUUGUCCUGAUAAUUACCAAACAGCACAACUACUUGCCUUAAUUUUGGAACUGCUUACUUUUUGUGUGGAGCAUCACACAUAUCACAUCAAGAAUUACAUUAUGAACAAAGAUUUGCUAAGACGAGUACUGGUAUUGAUGAAUUCAAAACACACCUUUCUGGCCUUGUGUGCUCUCCGCUUUAUGAGGCGGAUAAUCGGCCUGAAAGAUGAAUUUUAUAACCGUUACAUCACCAAGGGAAACCUCUUUGAGCCGGUUAUCAACGCCCUGUUGGAUAAUGGCACUCGGUACAACCUGCUCAACUCUGCUGUSAUUGAGCUGUUUGAGUUCAUCAGAGUGGAAGAUAUUAAGUCCCUUAUUGCACAUAUAGUUGAAAACUUCUAUAAUGCACUUGAAUCUAUUGAAUAUGUUCAGACAUUCAAGGGACUGAAGACAAAAUACGAGCAAGAGAAGGACCGACAAAGCCAGAAGCUGAACAGUGUCCCAUCCAUAUUGCGUAGCAAUAGAUUCCGCAGGGAUGCCAGAGCCUUGGAGGAGGAUGAAGAAAUGUGGUUCAAUGAAGAUGAAGAGGAAGAAGGUGAAGCUGUUGUACCUCCAGUUGAGAAGUCAAAACAGGAGGAUGAUUUUCCAGAUAGCUACGAAAAAUUUAUGGAAACUAAAAAAGCUAAGGAGAGUGAAGACAAAGAAAAUCUUCCAAAAAGGACUUCAGCUGGGGGAUUCAAAUUCACUUUUUCCCACUCAGCCAGCGCAGCCAAUGGUGCGAACGGUGCAAACAGCAAAUCCGUGGCAGCUCAGACAUCACCAGCGAGCUCCAACAGCUCCUCUUCCAAGAACACAGCCUUGAGCCCGGCRGUGCCAGCCCCCAAGGGAAGUCUAGUUGGGCUAGUGGAUUAUCCCGAUGAUGAAGAUGAUGAUGAAGAGGAGGAGACAUCUCCAAGGAAAAGACCUCGUCUGGGUUCAUAAAAGAAACCAAAACUUUGGAAUAAGAACUUUCAUUACGGGGUUUCAAAUGCUGCAGCUGUUUCAAGAGCUAAAAAGAAUCUGAUUCAGAAAGYUUUCUCCCAUGAGUAUAUAAGAUAAUACAAGGAGUAGCAAAAGAAACUCGGUGUAUCAGCUAGAAAGGGUUAGUUCUGUAAACACGAAGCUUCCAAGGAACUUAAUGUCUUUCUAGAAAGUAAGGAGUCUGGCAUUCAGGCUGUCAAAAAAUGAAAAAUUAAAAAAAAAAAAAAGUGGGUUAGUAUUCUCAGAACCUGGAUGAUGGCUUCUCAGCAAGGAAAGUCUCAGGUGUUGGGAGGGAAAGGGGGAGGGAAAGGUAUGGUAACACUUUUUUAAAAAUAUUGCAGGGUUUCCCCAGUGUUUAACAGAACUAGGAAAAACAAAARAAAAGGUCAAGCCUAAAUUUUGAACCCAGUAAUCUUAAUUUUGUAAUGGUGCUGUCAGUUGUGUUCUUUUAGCAAUUCCUCUUUUAAAAAAAAAUUUUAAGGGAAAACUAACUCUGUUUGCAUAAGAACAAUCCAUAUUUUGGGACCAUUUAUUACCAACUAAACUGCAUUUCUCAUGGUUGGAGGGAGGGACGCUGCAGUUACAGUGCAUGUUGAGUUGUUUAAAACUGUUWAAAAAAGUUUUAAUUUGUAUUUUCCAAGAGGAGAGAAUGGAAGCUGGAUUCAAAAUGGAAGAUUUUGCUUGUUUUGUCAGUGAGACGUCCAGAAAUAUCUAUGCCAAGGAGCAGUGGCUUCCCAAGGGUCUCCAGGAGCUGCUAGUGUCACAGUGGGGCUGUACACGGCACAUCCCACAGCUUUUGCCUUUARGUUGGGAAGAGCCGUUUCCCUCUUUGGGAGCUGAAAUUGCAUGGUUGAGGUGGGAGUAAGAAGGUUUYUCACAGCGAUGGACUGAGCAGCAUUUUAACACCAAAGUCAGUUUGGACCAAGAUGGGAUUGUUGGCAGCAGAACACCUUGAGGGCUUGGAGGUGGAAUCCAUAAGCAGCGCCUAAACCUGGGGAUGGUACAAAAGCUGCUUUUUUUAAAAACAAAAGCACAUUCCACAUACAGUGAGUGAACUGUGACAGAAAUAGGUUGAGUUCAUGGCAAGGUGAUAGAGGCAAACAKUCAAGGUUUUAUUUUCAAGAGCAGCACGUGAACUGUAAAUAUUUUCAUGUUAGUUUGCCCAUAUGUGAUCUGAGAUCAUGAUGAAGUGAGAGAUUUCCCAGCGACUGUGUGUCAGAGAUGUUAAAAGAUGGAACCAGCURCAAUCCACCACAUAGAUCACUCUUGUAAUAUGUGUUAUGGGUCCAUUUCUCCUGGAAUAGUUUAAACUGAAGCAGUUUCUCUGUUUGGAGAUUUUUGUAGUUAGUUUUAAUUUUAGCUCUUGUUUGGAAAAAGAUGGGCUGUCUGUGUAGAUAUGAAGUAUAGUUUUUUCCAUAAAACAGAAGUUUAUUUUGUAUUAAAGAUACCACUGUACUUGUUUUACACCAUUUGUAUACAUGUGGUGAUAUUAAUGCUGAACUGUAAAAUUCAGGAAUUAAAAUGUGACCCUGUAAUUCCAUAA